CAGGUUAUCACUAAUCAUUUGUCGCCAAAUAACGUAACCGGCGAAUUUAGAAUAUUUGUAUUAAUUUUUUUAAGUGAAUAUUAUACCAACAUAAAAAUGGUUUUAGCCCACGAUAUUAACGAAGGGCAUCGUACUCAAGAUGUUCGAAUCAGUCAAGAUAUUACUUUCGAUACUAUGUUGCUUACUACUCGCACGUUACAAGGAUUAAAUGAUUCUGGAUUUCAUAGGCCAUCACCGAUUCAGCUUCAUGGUAUACCUCUUGGAAAAUGUGGAUUUGAUUUAUUAUUAGAAGCCAAAUCAGGAACGGGAAAGACGGCAGUUUUUUCUGUGAUAGCAUUAGAAAAGAUAGACAUUAAUAUGGGCUUGCAAGUGGUAAUAUUAGCUCCAACAAGAGAGAUAGCAAUGCAAAUACAUGAUGUUAUAAAACAAAUAGGUGUAAGAUAUGAAGGUCUCUGUGUUGAAGUUGUGAUGGGUGGUCUUCCUGUUUUAGAUGAUGUAGAGAAAUUUAAAAAGAAUGUCCAUAUUGUAGUAGGUAGCCCGGGGCGAUUAAAACAUUUGAUACAAGAUAAAUACAUUGUUACUACCUCAGUUAGAUUGUUGAUUCUAGAUGAAGCAGAUAAACUAAUGGAAAAAAGCUUUGAAGCUGAUAUAAAUUAUAUUCACUCAGUUUUACCACAGCAGAAACAAGUCAUAAUGAGCAGUGCUACAUUUCCGGAGAGUUCAAAGAAUUUCAUUGAAAAUUAUGUUCAAAAUGCACAACAUAUUUGUCCAGAGAGCACUAAUGUUCUUUUAGGAAUAGAGCAAAGGGUAACUUUGGUGAAAUAUAGUAGUAAUAUUGUUAAACAAACACAAUAUAAAUUUGUGGAAUUAUUAAAAAUAUUGUCAAACAGACAGUUCAAACAAUGUCUUAUAUUUUGUAACUAUCAAGCUAGGGUUGGUGAGUUACAUAAAAUGUUGAAUAAAGAAAAGUGGCCAGCUGGACAAUUGUAUGGACAACAACAACAAACUGAAAGACUGGAUGCUUUAAAAAUAUUACAAGAAUAUAAAUGUAGGUUGUUGAUUGCAACUGAUCUUGCAGCUCGAGGAAUUGAUGCUUCAAAUGUUGAUUUAGUUAUUAAUUUUGAAACUCCUUGCAAUUGGGAAACUUAUUUACACAGAAUUGGACGAGCAGGCAGAUUUGGUUCGUAUGGCCUUGCUAUUACCAUAUUAAGUGAGGGAGUUGAACAUAAUAAUUUCAAAUCUUUAAUAGAAUCUCUUAAACUGCCUUUUCUUUUAAAAGAUUUUUGGUCAAAUACCCCGUUUUGUAUUAAUAUUGUACCUGAACAGUGUGAUACUCCAGAUACAGAUAAUCUGGAUUUAGAUAGUAAGAUUGUUUCAAAAGCUAGUAAAGAAGUAAAUUACACAAAAUUGUGGGAUGUGUUAACUGAUGAUGGAAAAAAAGCAGAUGUGGAAAGCUUUGGUAAUCUAUGUGAAUCAUUCACAGAACCUGAUAAUAAAAUUGAUUUAUUCAGUGAUUUAAUGCAAUCAUUUAAAGAAAAUGAAGCAAAUAACGUUAGUGAAAACGUUAAUUUUUCGCAAUUGAAUCUUUUGAAAUUGCCUGAUAAAAGUCACUGUUUACAAAAAUUACAUCAAAAGACUAGUACAACAAGCUAUAUUAAUAAAAAUGAUGAGGUGAAAGAAUUUAGAACACAUAAUGGAAACUCUCAAACAGGGAUAAACUAUAGUAAAAUAAUUUUAAACCACAAAGAUAAUCAUCAUGAAAAUCCUGAUAAAGAAUACUCUUAUUUAAGAGAUAACAAUGUAAAUGAUAGUUUGACAAAUGGCAAAAAUAGUUCAACUAACAGCUCUAAAGCUAAUUUACCACUCACAAAUCAUAACAGUCAUGAUUUGAACAGAAAUGCCACAAACUGUUAUGAAGAAGCUAUAGUUAAUAAUGACGAAAUAGAAGUUGAAAAUGUGAGCAAAGUAUUAGCUGAUUUUAAGUUGCCUUCUUCAUUUUCAAGCUCAAAACAAACUCAGUCGCAAAAACAUUUAACACAAUGUUACAACGCAAAUAAAGUUGAUAAUAAAUGGGACGAGAGUAUAAGAGAUCGACGUAACAAUAAAGCAAAAUUCAGUUCCACAAUCAAAACGACUGAAAAACCAAACUCAAUUCAUCAUCAAGAAAAGAAAAAUAAAGGAACAGUUUUAAGGGACAGUAUGACCAGUGAGGAAGAAGAAAAUUAUAUCACUCAAUUAGAUUUAACAAAAUCCAAACAAGGAUAUUCUCACCACAGACAUAAAAUGCAUGACGAGGAAAUGCAAGUUCCGUCUACAUCUAAAAGUAAAAAUAAAACGAAACAAACCUACCAGUCUCAAAAUAUAUAUAAGGAUCAAAAUACAAAGGAAUAUGACAGUAAAAAAUACAUUAAAUGGUACAGUUCAUUAAAAUUAUAUGUGAGACAAAUAGAGCAAAUUAUUUAUUUGAAUGAAAUAAGCAAUUUAUGA